AUGGUGAUUUCUAUGGAGGAUCAGGGAGUGGUCACGCAGGAGUCUGGAAAGAUCGUGGGCGGCGUGGCACUGGCGCAGCCCUACUAUGUGGGCGCCCUCUAUUCCGAGGGCCGCGCCCCGGACGCGGCCGCUGCGGCUGGGCCGCGCCACGUGAUGCUGACUGCACACGGCGACAGCGGCAUCGAGCUGGUCGCGGCGUCCCAGGACGAGCUGCAGGAGGGCCGCCCCCACCUGCCCCGCGAGUCCGCCGUGCUGGCCCAGCUGCUGUCCCCCGCCGCCAUCACCACCUACCACUGGGGGCGCCCGCCCGGCGUCGUCGUUUUUGGCUGCCUGGCGGGCGACGACGACGCGCUCGACCGCUGCGAGGGCGCGGGCGUGCCCGUGUCGCCGUCGAUGGUGGGGCCGCACGCGGAGGAGCUCAUCACGCAGCUGCAGGUGUUCUUCAAGCAGUACCGCUUCCCGGAGCACAAGGCGUUUAUUCUGUGA